GUUGAGGCCAAAUCAUCAAAUGCCUAUCCAAAGGAUCCUGAAUUUCCAUCAUGUGGUGUGGAUGAUAUGACAAAACUAGCUUAUUUACACGAGCCAGGACUGCUACAGAACUUGAAAUGUCGUUAUGAUGUUAAUGAAAUUUAUACCUAUACUGGGGGUAUACUAAUAGCCGUAAAUCCUUUUCGAAGACUUCCUCAUUUAUAUGAUAAUGGCAUAAUGCAACAAUAUAAAGGGGCGGAUUUAGGUGAGCUGAGCCCGCAUCCCUUUGCCAUUGCAAAUUCUGCAUAUAGACAGAUGAUUAAUGAGGGUAUAAGCCAGUCAAUUUUAGUUAGCGGGGAAAGUGGAGCUGGUAAAACGGAGAGUACAAAGAUGCUUAUGCGCUAUCUUGCCCAUGUUGGAGGGAGAGAUGGAGGGAAGGCUGCAACUGGUGAACGCUCUGUAGAGCAGCAAGUACUAGAGUCCAACCCUGUUCUAGAAGCAUUUGGCAAUGCAAAGACUGUUAGAAACAAUAAUUCCAGUCGGUUUGGUAAAUUUGUGGAGAUCCAAUUUGACCGAAGUUGGAGAAUUUCUGGAGCUGCUAUUAGAACUUAUUUAUUAGAACGUUCCCGUGUUUGCCAAGUGUCUGAUCCUGAGAGGAAUUAUCAUUGCUUUUAUAUGCUUUGUGCAUCAACAGAGGAAGUUGAAAAGUAUAAGUUAGGGAAUCCAAGAACAUUCCAUUAUCUUAAUCAAUCUAAUUGCUAUGAACUUGAUGGACUGGACGAGUCCAAGGAAUAUACUUCUACUAGAGAAGCUAUGGAUGUCGUUGGAAUAAGUACAGCUGAGCAGGAUGCUAUAUUUCGAGUGGUAGCUGCAGUACUUCAUUUGGGCAAUGUUGAAUUUGCAAAGGGGAAGGAUGCGGAUUCCUCUGAACCUAAGGAUGACAAAGCUCGGUUCCAUCUCAAAAUGGCAGCAGAACUAUUCAUGUGUGAUGAGAAGGCUCUUGAAGAUUCAAUGUGUACUCGUGUGAUAGUUACACGUGAUGAAACCAUAACUAAAUGUCUCGAUACAGUAUCUGCAACUCUUAGUAGGGAUGCUUUGGCAAAAAUCGUAUAUUCAAGAUUAUUUGAUUGGAUUGUUGAUAAGAUUAAUAACUCAAUUGGCCAAGAUCGUGAUUCAAAACACUUAAUCGGGGUUCUGGAUAUCUAUGGAUUCGAGAGUUUCAAGACAAACAGCUUUGAGCAAUUUUGUAUUAAUCUGACAAAUGAGAAAUUGCAGCAACAUUUCAACCAGCAUGUGUUCAAGAUGGAGCAAGAAGAAUAUACAAAAGAAGAAAUUAACUGGAGUUAUAUUGAUUUUAUUGAUAAUCAGGAUGUUCUUGAUCUCAUUGAGAAGAAACCUGGUGGCAUCAUUGCGCUUCUGGAUGAGGCUUGCAUGUUUCCGAGAUCCACACAUGAGACUUUUGCUCAGAAACUAUAUCAAACUUUUAGGGACCAUAAGCGAUUUAGUAAGCCUAAAUUGUCACGAACUGACUUCACAAUUUGUCAUUAUGCUGGCGAUGUUACGUACCAAACUGAACUCUUCUUGGACAAAAACAAAGAUUAUGUUGUUGCGGAGCAUCAAGCACUGUUGGGUGCUUCUAAGUGCUGCUUUGUUGCAGGGCUAUUCCCCCCUUUACCUGAAGAAACCUCCAAAUCAUCCAAGUUCUCAUCAAUAGGGACUAGAUUUAAGCAACAACUUCAAACUUUGCUCGAGACACUAAAUGCUACUGAGCCACACUACAUACGCUGUGUAAAGCCAAACAAUCUUCUUAAACCAUCCAUCUUUGAGAAUAAUAAUGUUUUACAGCAGCUCCGAUGUGGGGGAGUCAUGGAAGCAAUCAGGAUCAGUUGUGCUGGAUAUCCCACUAGGAAGACGUUUGAUGAAUUUAUUGGUCGGUUUACUAUCUUGGCACCUGAUGUUUUGAAGGGGAGCUCUGAUGAAGCCAAUGCGUGUAAGAAGCUUUUGCAGAAAGUUAACCUUAAUGGGUAUCAGAUUGGUAAAACCAAAGUGUUUCUUAGGGCUGGUCAAAUGGCACAAUUAGAUGGCUGCCGAACUGAGGUCUUGGGAAGAUCUGCUAGUGUUAUCCAAAGGAAAGUUCGCUCAUAUUUGGAACGGAAUCGUUUUAUUUCGUUGCGGUUGGCUGCUAUACAAAUUCAAGCACUUUGUAGAGGGGAAGUUGCACGCCAGCAGUAUGAAAACAUCAGAAUGGAAGCUGCUUCUAUCAAAAUCCAAAAGUAUUGGCGCAUGUGUUCUGCCCGAAGUUCCUAUAAAAGAUUGCGCUCUUCAGCUGUAGCUAUUCAGGCUGGUAUCCAUGGCAUGGUUGCUCGUAAAGAGCUCAAGUUCAGGAGGGAUACAAGAGCUGCAAUUAUCAUUCAGAGUCGAUGUCGGCAAUACUUGGCCCGUAUGCAUUAUUUAAGGUUAAAAAAAGCUGCGAUUACCACUCAAUGUGCUUGGAGAGGAAGAGUUGCACGCAGAGAACUUCGCAAGCUUAAAAUGGCUGCUAAGGAAACUGGCGCUCUUCAAGCUGCCAAAGAUAUGUUGGAAAAGCAAGUGGAAGAACUAACAUUGAGAUUGGAGCAAGAGAAACAAAUGAGGGCUGACAUGGAGGAUGCCAAGACUCAAGAAAACACAAAAUUGAAGUCUGCUUUGGAAGAAAUACAAACUCAAUUUCAGGAAACGAAAGCACUGCUUAUUGAGGAACGUGAAGCUGCAAAGAAAGUAGUUGAGGAACGUGAAGCUGCAAAGAAAGCAGUUGAGGAAAUCCGUGAAGCUUCAAAGAAAGUAGUUCAGGAAGUCCCAAUAGCUGCAAAGAAAGUAGUUGAGGAAGUCCCAGUAGCUGCAAAGGAAGUAGUUGAGGAAGUCCCAGUAGCUGCAAAUAAAGUAGUUGAGGAAGUCCCAAUAGCUGCAAAGGAAGUAGUUGAGGAAGUCCCAGAAGCUGCAAAGGAAGUAGUUGAGGAAGUCCCAGAAGCUGCAAAGGAAGUAGUUGAGGAAGUCCCAGAAGCUGCAAAGGAAGUAGUUGAGGAAGUCCCAGUAGCUGCAAAGGAAGUAGUUGAGGAAGUCCCAGCGAAGCAAGUAGUUGAGGAAGUCCCAGUAGCUGCAAAGGAAGUUGUUGAGGAAGUCCCAGUAGCUGCAAAGAAAGUAGUUGAGGAAGUCCCAGUAGCUGCACAGAAAGUAGUUGUGGAAGUCCCAGUCAUACAGGAGGUUCCAGUUGUUGAUCAUGAGCUUAUCAAUAAGCUAACUACUGAAAAUGAAGAACUUAAGGCUCUUGUUAGUUCUUUGGAAAGUAAAAUUGAUGAAACAGAAAGGAAAUUUGAGGAAAGUAACAGACUUAGUGAAGAGCGGCUGAAGCAGGCUACGGAGGCAGAGUCAAAGAUAAUAGAAUUAAAAACUGCCAUGCAAAGGCUUGAGGAAAAGUUAUCUGACUUGGAAACUGAGGACCAAAUUCUGAGGCAGCAAGCACUGCAAAAGCCUCCUUCAAGAAAAAUGUCUGGACAUAUAACAAUGCAGCCUUUGGAGAAUGGCCACCUUGAAUUAUUAAGCAAUGCACCAUCAAAAAAGUAUGGUACCGAUGCUGAUGCAAAAUUGAGGAGAUCCCAAAUUGAAAGGCAGAACGAAGGCAUGGAUGCUCUAUCGAAAUACUUGACACGGGAUCUUGGGUACAGUGAGGGAAAACCUGUUGCUGCUUUUGUAAUUUAUAAAUCUCUUCUCCAUUGGAGAUCAUUUGAAGCAGAAAAAACAAGUGUAUUUGAUCGUCUUAUUCAGAUAAUUGGUUCUGCAAUUGAGAAUCAGGAUGAUUAUGAUCACAUGGCUUAUUGGUUAUCCAACACAACUACAUUGUUGUUUCUUCUUCAAAAGAGUUUAAAAGCCACACCACGAAAGCCUCCCACCCCGACAUCAUUGUUUGAGCGAAUGACCCAAGGGUUUCGUUCAUCUUCUGCCAACCUUCCAGUUGGCACCCUUGAUGUUGUGCGGCAAGUUGAAGCCAAAUAUCCUGCUCUACUUUUCAAGCAGCAGCUAACAGCGUAUGUAGAAAAGAUAUAUGGAAUAGUUAGAGACAACCUGAAGAAGGAACUAUCGCCGUUGCUUUCAACUUGUGUCCAAGCUCCCAAAACUUCGGAAGAGAAUGUUGAGGAAUCAUCUGACGAGACAAAGAGUAGCAGCCUUCUCAAUAGUUCAUGGGGCAUCAUCAUCCAUCACCUUAAUCAUCAUCUUAGUAGAUUGCAGACGAACUUCGUGCCUGCCGUUUUGGUCCAGAAGAUAUUCACUCAGGUUUUUUCAUACAUCAACGUACAGCUUUUCAAUAGUCUUCUACUUCGUCAAGAGUGCUGCACGUUUAGUAAUGGAGAAUAUGUGAAGUCAGGACUUGCUGAGUUAGAGAGUUGGUGUACCCAAGCCAAAGAAGAGUAUGUCGGGUUAUCUUGGGAUGAGCUAAAACCAGUGAGGCAAGCUGUUGGAUUCUUGGUUAUUCACCAGAAGUCUAGAAUAUCUUAUGAUGAAAUUACAAAUGACCUCUGUCCAAUAUUAAGCGUUCAGCAGCUUUAUAGAAUAUGUACUCUUUAUUGUGACGACAAUUACAAUACCAGAAGCGUAGCUGAAGAGGUUAUUUCUAGCAUGAAGGUUUUGAUGCCCGAAGAUACCAAUGAUGAAGACAAUAAUUCCUUUUUGUUGGAUGACAAUUCCAGCAUACCUUUCUCAGUCGAUGACAUAUCCAGUUCCUUGCAAGAUAAGAAUUUUCAAGAUAUUAAGCCUCCAGCAGAACUACUUGACAAUCCGGUCUUCCAAUUUUUACAGGAAUAAGGCUAUGGUUCUUAUUUAUAUAAUGAUCCACGGUGCCUCGUACCAGUCUUUGCCCUCUGUAAAUCCAAUUCAAUUUUGUUAAAAAAAAUGAAAAAAAAAAUGAAAAAAAUGAAAAAAAUCAUUUCACUACCAUUGUAACAUCCAUUGCACUGGAUGUAAAGUUCAUUAUUUAGAGCUGUAUAAUGUCGUUAGGCUGGUUUCGAAUAGUUCAGAAGGGAGAGGGAAAUCAGAGAUAGGUUUAAGCUUUCCAUUUGUUCUUUGUUUUAUUCUUUUUCAGUUCAACUUUUCUGUCAUAUUUAGAGGGAUAUUUAGGGUCACAGCAUCAUUGUAGUGAUGAGUAGGAUGUCUGAGAUCGAUCCAAUAUAUUGGGACAAUGGCUCCUUUGCCUCCCCAGUUUUAUAUUGUACAAAGUGACAGAUCAUCUCAAAGAUAUAUUUACUUGAUAUCCAUUUCUCUUCUUGAACU